AUGGUUUCUUUGAGACAAGCUUAUCCCCUUUACCAACUUCUGAGUGCCGAUCUUUGGGAAGGAUCACAUCAUGAACCCUACCUCUAUGUCCUCAACAAGGAUCAUUUGUGCAGCAGGUGUUUAGCUGAAGAAGAGGUUCAAGGGGUUCUACAAGAGUUCCAUGGGUCAGCUUAUGGAGGACAACUUGGUGCAUUCAAGAAAGUUGCUAAAGCUCUCCAGUCAGGUUUUUGGUGGCCUACAAUGUUCAAAGAUGCUCAAGGUGUGGUGUCUAGAUACUAUGUGUCUAAGUGGGUAGAAGCUGUAGCAAGUCCCACUAAUGAUUCCAAGGUGGUUGUUAAGCUGUUUAAAACCAUCAUCUUCCCAAGAUUUGGAGUCCCAAGAGUGGUGAUAAGUGAUGGUGGAAGUCACUUUGUGAACAAGACCUUGGAAGGACUCCUUAAGAAGCAUGGAGUUAGACACAAGUACAAAGCUUUGUGGGCUGUCAAGUUGCUUAACUUUGACAUUAAAGCUGCUCAAGAAAAUAGACUUCUACAGCUUCAUGAGUUGGAAGAGAUAAGGCUCAAUGCCUAUGAGAGUUGUAAGAUUUACAAGGAAAGAAAAAAGACUCUCCAUGAUCAGAAGAUUCUUAAAAAGGAGUUCAAGGAAGGAGAUCUUGUUCUCUUAUUCAACUCUAGACUCAAGCUAUAUCCAGGGAAGAUAAAGUCUAGAUGGUCAGACCCAUUCAAGAUUCUUGAAGUAAGGAGCUAUGGAGCUGUGGUACUUUAG